AGAUUUUUUCCCCGGUCGUCGGCACAAAAUCAGCCCACUCGACGUCUUCACCACCCGGGGCGGGUGGGAGGAACUUCAAGAGUGGACCGCAAGAACAUAAGGCCAGCAGCCCGCUGAUGCUGAAAGAUGCAGCUUCUCCGAAGAAGAUGAAAGGGGGUCGCGCAGCAGUUCGUGCGGGUGGAGCAGGCGGAAUUAUGAGGGGAAAAAGUACUAGCCCGCCGGCCGAGCAUGAUCGUCCGACAAGAAGAUCACAGCAGGAUCAUAUGACCAACCCGCUGUUGACCACGAAGGCGGAUGAAACAUGGAGGAGUUCGCCAACGUCGCGAGCAACAAAUCUUGACAAAAAUGGCACGAGCAGUAAAACAAGCAGAUCAAAAUCUGCAAGCAAGCAAAAAGACCCGGCUGUCCACCCGAGGAAGCCCUUGCAGUCGUGGUCCAAAGUGUCGCAGGCGCAGCCGAUUCAGGGCCUUGGGCCCGAGGCGCUGGUCCGCCGGGUUGCCUGCGGCGGGCAAAGCUGCGCCUUGAUUGUGCAGCAGGCGAACACGAAUGAGACCGCGCUCUUCACAUGGGGAAAGGGGAGCUCCGGGAUCUUGGGGCACGGAAAUUACGACGACGUGUUCGUGCCGAGGCGGGUGCAGCUGAAUCAUCUGGCGAGCAAGACAAGCGUGACAUCAUCCAACGGUGGUAGCUUUUCCGGAAUGAGUCAUGGAACGACGGCGCACCAGAAGACGUGUUCUAAGCAGAAGUCUGGUUCAAAAUCGAAAUUGCACGCAGGAGGAGCUGCUGCACCUUCAACGACGAUUCCAGGCGAACAAAAACAACAAGCAGGGCGACAGGAAAUUAUUACACCGGCUGCUCAACACAUCAACUUCUCGGUGUCUCAAGUGGCGUGCGGUCGCGCGCACAUGCUGGUAUCUGUGAUGGGAAGCAGGACCACUAGCAUCACGACAAACGGCAGUAGUGAUGGCGGGGUUCAUCUUCGUGUUGCGACGAGUGCUGAACAACUACAGCCUGGAUCAUUUGAGCAGGAUAGCAGUUUUGUGCUUUCCUGCGGGCAUCCGGACGACGGACGGUUGGGGCGGAGUAGCGGAAAAUCCAACCUGCUGCUGCCUAUGGAUUGCAAAUAUGUCUGGGUCUGGAAGAUUCCAACACUUGUCAUGCAGUUUUUCCAAGCUCCGCCAAGGCUGGAAUGCAGGACAUAGCAUCACAGGUUCUGCAGCUCCUUGGUGAUGCCUAUUCUGCAUGAGAAAUGCCCUCUCAGCAUGGCCAGAAAUGGGGACCUUUUGCAAGUCGCACAGCACAGAUUUUUGUAUGAUCCGCAACACGCAUGAUAAGUUCGCAUUCUUCCAGACCCAGACAUUUUUGCAGUUGAUACUGCCGAUCGAAGAGCCAAUCAAGAGUAGCAGCAGUUGUCAGGAAGGGAACAAUGGUAAAGAUCGUGAUCAUGAUCUUCAUAGGGCGGGUGGAACAAAGGUAACGAAAACUACUACUUCAUCUGCAGACGACGAUGGUGAUCUGCUUAUCGACGUGGAGCAAGCCGGGGGAAAUCAAGAUCAUGUCCACUUUGGUGGCAGGCGGGCGAAAGAAAUGAAUAAACAGCAAGUAGUGUUGAAACGGCAAGAGCCCCCGUCGUCUCAGACGAUCUUCGCCCGCUACCUGGCCACCGGGGGCGCGCACAGUGGCUUCAUCGAGAAGUCCCUUUCCGUGUACACGUGGGGGUGCAACCGGUUCGGCCAGCUGGGGCUCGGGUACGCGGGCGGUUUUUACCAGGAGAAGCCGCGGAAGGUGCGGUUCUUCGACGGCAAGGGCGUCUGCAGCCUGUCGCUCGGGGAGCGGCACUCCUGCGCGCUGACUUUGUACGGGCUGGUGUACGCGUUCGGCGCGAACGACAAGGAGCAGCUGUUUGGCGGGGUGAUGUCCACCGCCGGUGCGCCGGGAAGUUGUGCUGGUGCGGCGACCACGCCGAAAGAGCAGUUUGUAUGAAUUGUAAAAGUAUCGUACUCGUAUAAAUGCAUUACAAAUUUCCUCACCAUGAGAAAUAAAAUUUGUAAUGCGGAUUUGCCUUAAGAACAAGAUUUGUAAUGCAUCAUUGCAAUACGAGUACGGUGCUUUUGCAUUGCAUAGUUUGGUGUGGUGUACAACCUGCCGCACCUGGUCCAGCCUCUGAUCACCCGUAUCAAAUGUAAAAAUGUCUGGGUCUGGAAGGGUGGAACUUGUGAUGCUGUCUCUGGAUUCUAUAAAAAAUUUGCAUUGCAUGACCAGCAACAGAACUCCAGUUUGUGCUACCCGGAGAGGGCAUUUAUCAUGCGGUAGAGGCAUCACAAAGGCCUCUAAAAAUCUGUCAUGCUAGAGCAUGCACCACAGACAUCAUGAGUCUUUCAAAAUAUGCAUGACAAACCUGGCAAGCUUCCAGACCCAGACAUUUUUACACUUGAUCACCCGCCCGGUGUUGCAAGUGGCCUGCGGGGAGCAGCACACCUUCGUGCUGUCCGGGCCGCGGUACCAGGCCCAGUCGCUGGCGAAGCUGAAGUAUCGUAAGGAAAAAUCCCCCCUCCCCAUAUCGAAAACGUAUCCGUCUGAAAAUUUGUGAUGCGCAUUUGCGACCUCAAAUCCUGUCUGUCUUGCAAGAAGGCAAGUCCAGAAAGCGUUCCGCAUUUUGCAGGCGGUUUGUGAUGCUGUUUGGCUUAGAGCAUACACGUUUGCCAUGCUAGGCGCCUACGUCAAAACCUCUCGACUGAGGCUUGCCAUAUGCCUGCAUUCCUCUAUUGCAAGACAAAUCUGAUUUGUGUAUGGAAAUCCAGCAUCAGAGCCUUCCUUCGUUUCGAUAUGGGGAGGGGGGAUUUUUCCCUGCAAUAUGAAGGAGUGGGCGUCGUUCUUGCUGAAGAAAGACGAGGUGAAGCGGUCGCAGUGCGAGCGAAUAUUCGAAGCAGAGCUGCGGAAGGAGACCCUGGAAAACAAAACCGGCGGGGAGUUGAGUGCUGCGUUGGGGGAGAAUAAUUCCAAAAUGUUGAAUCACUGCGGUGCAGGCGGCACUACCGCUGUAGGCGGAACGAGCGAGCAAACAAGCAGAAAACGCCCGAUGACGGGAGAGCAGGUACGGAUGGAUGGAAAAAAGUUUGCGUCUGCAGCAGCAAAGUCGGACGCUUCCUGGCGUGGAAGUGCCGGCGGGAAGAAGGGCAGCGAUGCGCGCUUUCAUCUACCUGUCCAGCGUAAGAAGACCCGAGCGCGAGUUGGAAAAUCUCAGAACGCCGAGAGGAAUCCGGAUUCGGAAAUUUUUGGCGUGGAUUUCGAAAGCAGAAAUUCACUUGGUCGCGCAUGUGCGGCAAAAUCAACAGCAUCGAAGAACACGGGCUGCAAAGGUCUCGACGGAGCGAUUGAAAAGAUCGCAGCCACGAAAAAACAAGGCGACGGUGAGAAAGACGAAAGCCCGUCGGAAAAUAUGAACUCUCUAGUAACUGCAAAAGUUGUAAACGAGAUAUGGCUGGAAAAGCGGCAAAAUUAUUUUUCUUUCUCGACAAGGGCAGGUCGUGGUAAUAUGACGAAUGCUGGAAAUCAGUCUGAAAGUGGCAGUAAAUGCCGCGGUAGUACUAGCGCAGUCUAUGUCCCGGCACUUGAUGUAACUGUUUUUCCAAAAUUUGGACUCAAGGAGGAACAGGAAGAGAUGAUGACAAAAAAUCCAGAAGCAU